UGGCGUUCUACGGCAACGCCAACCUCCAAACGCUCAGCACAUUUUUGGUCCAAAACCCAGUUGGCAACUUCCCGUCGCGCUUUUACUCGCUGCUCGGGCCCGUCCAAGUCGCGUCGAUCGUCGGCAUCAUGACGGGCACGCUCAUUCAGAUCUGGUUCAACCCGCUCGUCGUCACCCAGACGUGGCUGGUCAUGCUCUUUAGCAUCAUCAACUGGAUUGUGGUGUUUGUGCUCGAGGGAUUCGUAUUCCCGUACCAGAAUGCGAACGUUCCAGCGCGCUGUGGUCUCGCCACAUCCACGAGCUGCUUUGUCUACAGCGAGGUGUCCCGCACCUACUUUCUCUCAGCCGUCAUUUCCGGCGCGAUCAUCAUUGUGGCCGUCAUUAUCAUUUAUGUCCACGCCAAGAAGGUGCCGAGCGCAGUGACGAUUCCGUCUUCGCACUCGGCGCUCGUGUACCUUAACGUGCCCGACUUUAGCUCGAUUGCGACGACGAUGCGAAGCUGCGCGAUUGUCAACGGCGACGGGUCCGUCGGGAUCGACGAAGGCAUCUUGCUCAUCAAGAACAUGCUGCACGUCUCGGACACGGUCAUGACGCGCAGCUCCAACGUGCAGUACGAGCUCAUCUUUCGGUUCACACCGCCGUGCUUUCGCCGCUUGUUUAGCGAGGCCGUCGGUUCGAUCCUCAUUUACGAAGUCCGUGACGGCAAGAUCACGCGCCACUUUCAGCACUUGUACCUGCAUGAAAUGGACAUUGGCCGCAUGGACGGCAUGACCGGGUACCUCACGUAGCUC